GCAGUGAAAGUUCAGAGCAGCUGACUUCAGGAUCCAGGGUGUGCUGCUUGGAGCCUGGUACCCGGAGCUUCAUCUCACCAGAGGGGAAGAACAUUCCUAUCAACAUGUUGACCAGCCAAAAGCUAUCCUACUGCACUGGCAUCUUAUUGGUGGUGUUAAAGCUGGCCCAUACCCAGUAUGAGAACCUGGGAUACCCACCGGGCUACCCCGACCAUGAACAGGAACAGUACACCCCCCCAGUCCUGGCACCAGAUACCCCCAGGAUUCAGCUCCGACUAGCAGGACAGAAGAGAAAGCACAACGAGGGUCGAGUGGAGGUUUACUACAACGGUACGUGGGGUACCAUCUGUGACGACGACUUCAACAUCCACUCUGCCCAGGUGGUGUGCAAGGAACUGGGCUACCAGGAAGCCGUCUCUUGGGUGCCAUCUUCAAAAUAUGGGAAAGGAGAAGGACCCAUCUGGUUUGACAAUCUUCAAUGUACUGGAAAAGAGAGGACGCUGGCUCUGUGUCCAUCCAACGGCAUUGGUGUGUCAGACUGCAAACACACUGAAGAUGUAGGCGUGGUGUGCAGUGACAAGAGGAUCCCUGGAUUUAAAUUUGUCAACACAUUGCCCAAUCAUGUGGAGAACCUGGACAUUCAUGUGGAGGAUGUACGCAUAAGAGCAAUCUUGUCGUCAUACCGCAAGCGGAUCCCUGUGACAGAGGGCUACGUAGAGGUGAAAGAUGGCGGCAAAUGGAAGCAGAUCUGCAACACGGAAUGGAGCCAGUUUAACAGCAGAGUCAUCUGUGGCAUGUUUGGCUUCCCAGGGGAGAGGAAUUUCAACACCAGAGUAUACAAGAUGUUUGCUCGCAGGAAGAAGCCAACAUAUUGGGACUUCUCCGUCAAUUGCACUGGCAUUGAAGCCCACUUGUCCAGCUGUAAACUGGGCCAGAUCAUAGCUAGGAAGUCCAACGAGACGUGCUCUGGAGGGAUGCCUGUGGUGGUGAGCUGUGUGCCUGGUAGAGCCUUCGCCCCUACACCCAUGACUGGAUAUAGGAAGGCCUUCAGACAAGAGCAACCGUUGGUUCGCCUCCGUGGUGGAGCCAUUGUGGGUGAGGGCCGGGUGGAGGUCCUGAAAAACGGAGAGUGGGGCACCAUAUGUGAUGACCACUGGAACCUGCUGUCUGCCACUGUGGUGUGCCGGGAGCUGGGCUUCGGUUCAGCAAAGGAAGCGCUGUCUGGAGGACAACUUGGACAGGGUAUGGGGCCCGUGCACAUGAAUGAAGUGAAGUGCUCAGGAUUUGAGAAGUCCAUAACUGAGUGUUCCUUCAACAAGGAAGCUCUCGGCUGCAGCCAUGAAGAAGAUGCAGCCGUCAGAUGCAACGUCCCAGCUAUGGGCUUCGAGCAGAGGCUGCGUCUCAGAGGUGGCCGUAGCCCCUUCGAAGGCCGUGUGGAGGUAUUGGUGGAGAGGAACGGCUCCUCGGUGUGGGGGACGGUAUGCAGUGAGGGCUGGGGAACCAUGGAGGCCAUGGUGGUCUGCAGACAGUUGGGCCUGGGCUUUGCCCGCAGUGCUUUCCAGGAGACGUGGCAUUGGCCCGGUGAGGUCAGCGCUGACAGCGUGGUGAUGAGCGGGGUCCGCUGCUCUGGGACUGAGAUGUCUCUGUCCCACUGCCUGCACCAUGGAGCCCACCUCAGCUGCCCCAGAGGAGGGGGAAGCUACGCCGCCGGGGUGUCCUGCUCUGAAACGGCUCCCGACCUGGUGUUGAACCCUGAGGUGGUGCAGCAGACCACCUACAUGGAGGACCGGCCCAUGUUCAUGCUGCAGUGCGCGUACGAGGAGAACUGUCUGGCCUCCACCUCCCACAAGGCGCCGGCCAACUCGUACCGCCGCCUGCUGCGCUUCUCCUCCCAGAUCCACAACAACGGCCAGUCCGACUUCCAGCCCAAAGCGGCCAAGCACCUGUGGGUGUGGCACGACUGUCACAGGCAUUAUCACAGCAUGGAGGUGUUCACCACGUAUGACCUGUUGAGUCUGAACGGAACCAAAGUGGCAGAGGGACACAAAGCAAGUUUCUGCCUGGAGGACUCAGAGUGUGAUGAAGGCAUCGAGAAGAAGUAUGAAUGCGCUAACUUUGGAGAGCAAGGCAUCACUGUGGGCUGCUGGGAUACCUACAGGCAUGACAUUGACUGCCAGUGGGUGGACAUCACCGAUGUCAAACCCGGGGAUUACAUUUUUCAGAUCGUUAUUAACCCUAAUUACGAAGUGCCAGAAUCAGACUACACCAACAACUUCACAAAAUGCAGAUUUCGAUACGAUGGCCAUCGUGUGUGGAUGUACAACUGCCAUAACGAUGGCUCGCUGAGCUCUGAAACAGAGAUGACGUUCCCAGGCCUCCUAAACAACCAGGUGACCCACAGGUAAACAAAGGAGUGGAGUCCAGAGGCAGUCCCCUCCGACGGGAAGAGUCCCACCGACCACUAUCCAUUCCAUCUGGGCUGGAUUCUUCUCGCUGUCCCUGAAUGAAUCCUCCCUUCUUCUCAGCAUCUUUCUUUUUCACCUCUCAGCACAGAUUAUGUGAUUACCUCCUCUGUCCAACCUGAGGCAGCAUGAACUUUACAAAACCCUUCCAUACUCCCAGGGAUGAUCAAGGGAGUGGCGAAGCUCUGUGCAGGUCUGUGUCUGAGGGACUGUUUCAUUUAUUGUGUGAUCAAAUAAGCGUCUAGGUUAGUGACAAGUAUUUCAAGGAACCUCAUUAAAACUUGUCUUCAUGGAAGAGAAGCACUUUAAAAAAAAGAACCCAACUGUAGAGCCUGGUUUUUGUUGUUGUUUUUUUGUUUAAACAUGCAGACUUCUGCAAGGAACUAAUGAAGGACUGCAUGUGGGGAAACAGGCUUUUUGUUUUGUUUGCAUUUAAUCCGCAUUUAAUGUCUGAAGUUCAAACAUUUUAAAAGUCCCUUCAUCGUUAAUCCUAAGUGAUAUUUGCGUGAACUGUCGCAGCCCUUACAGAACAUAAAGACUGGUUCUGAAAUGUGGAUUUUCUCUGUUUUCAGCUUCUUUUUCACACGGGGAGACUUGUCGUUAUCAAAGGGCUUUAGAAGCAUUUUAUUCCUAACCAAAAUUGAUUUUCAUGUUCUCGUUUUAUUGUAUAACUGUGUUUUUUUUUUUUUUUUUUUUAACCUUCCAUGGGUGAACUGCACUGCGGCAGAUAAUAUUCAGAAGCUGCUUUCUGUGCGUGUGGAUAAGCAGGUAGUUUGCUGCCACCUACUGGCUAACCAGCACAAGUUCAUACAAUUUCAAUUAAGAACUAAUAGCCUAAAAGGCUGCAUCCGAAAACGUCUUUAUGGUAAGGACUCUUAAGCCAAAGCAAAAGUGUGUCAGCGGUCGCCAUGAUAAGUGCUGUCCGAAUAGUGCAGUUAGUGGAGAAGGAGGUAGGAAAAGGAGGCUGCAUGCUUCCUCUCAUAGUUCCUUUAUCAAAGGAACCUUGUGAGGUUCCUUACCAGCACUAAGGAGCUAUAAGUGAUCCCAGAAUCCUUUGCAUGACAUUAUGUAUAAGCACAGCCCACCUCACAGGAAAUAAAAAAAAUAGCCAAAGAGAAGAGAGCACGCACUUGUAUGCAGCACCAUUUACUCUUUCACAUAUAACAUGUCUUGCUGGUCAUGCAUGUGGAUAAGAGGCUUUUGGCCAUCUCCGCCUUUCUUGUCUUCACCAAGUAAGGUCUGCUAGACAUUGUAACAGUGUAACGGCAACGUUUUAAAUCAAAGGAAGCACUGAAAUUGCCAGCUGUGAAGUGAAUAUGUUACCUUGAAAAGUAAACUCUCAUUAUUUCUCUAUGUUGUACACAUUGUUUAUUUUGCAUAUAAUGUGUAUUACACUGUUGUCUGUUAAAAGCGAAACCUAUUCAUAAAAUUGAAACAAAUAAAAUACAACAAAAUCAUUGCCAGUAUGUCAACUCUGUUUAAGACGAUAACAAGCAGUUGUAGACCGGUCUCUAUUAGAACGAGAGUCUGUAUACGUUUACCUUCAUAUGUUUUGGUUCAUGUAAUGAAGAGCUUCAGCUGUGUGCGACAUUUGUUUAACUUGCGUUUUUUGUUGUUCUUUUUCGGAAACCUGUAUGCUCGGAUUUUACUUGUAUCAUCCACGUGUUCUUCCAUCGCGUAAUGACGUACGAGGUAAAGGAUGUCCGAAAUCGGCACAGCAGAGUGAAUCUCCUUUCCUCCCCACGAUAGUUCUUACUGUUGACCCCAUAAAAGCUCAAGGAACGGGAGCUAGGAGCUAUAAUUAGACGUUUUCGGAUGCAGCCUCAGAUACAUUCAUUGUUACGUAGGGCCAUAUAGUUGACUAGCCUUCAUUUAGUGUGUUCCAGCCCAAACACAACAUGGUCUAAUAUAGAUUUGUCACUGCAACUUUAUCUGUUUUAUACGAGCAGAAGCCGUAUUUUAUAUGUGUCAAAAACUAGUAGAAGCUAAUAUUGAGAGAGUGACGUCUUGUAACAACUUAUCCUGUUGGCAAACCAAGCUAACUGUCUGCUAGCUAGCUAUCAGCUAGCUAGCUGUCAUGAACCCAUUUACACGUUUACUAGCUCAGAGAACUGUUGCGGAUGCAGGGUUAGGGUUAGAAGGGAAAAAAAUUAUCUUUUGUUGUUGUAGCCUGUGUAAUUCCAAGCUAACAAACAGCACCAUACUGUAGCCAAUUAGAGAGUCUGAAUAGUUCUUAGACUUCAUGCAAAAUGUAUAGAACUACCAUUGACUCUUAGUACUGGCAUUGUUUAGUGAAAAAACAUCCAAACAAACGGAGGAACAUGUUGGAGAUUGAAAAGCACUGCUACCAACCUGCACCCUAUUAACUACAAGACCUUUCUCCUAAUUUUCCAGCAGACGUUUCCCGUCUUUCAACUGCAGCAAGCAAAACAAAAAUAGGGCCCCAGUUAAAAAUCAAAUGAGCUUUUAGACGUAAAUGUUAUAGUUCCUUUUGUCUUUUGCCGCCAUUUUACUAGUGCCAGGAAGUGUUUAGAUAUUUUCCUGUUUCACGUAGGCGCCCUAGCAACACUCACAUUAUGUUAGAUGUGUUUGUAUAAUCUAACUCCUUUAGUUAAGUCGACGAACUCUGCGGUAGAUCACAGGUCACAACUUGAAUUUGAAUUGAUACCCCACCCACACAAACCAGUUUCAGUUGCAAGGAAAAAAAUUAGCAGGAUUUACUAAAUUGCCCAGCUAACUAUUAGCAAUAUGAGACAAUAACACUGAUUCAAACCUUUAAACACUAAAAGAACAUGU